CCUCCCCAGCGGUUCUCUGCUUUGGGCUGAAGCAGUCUCCGUUGAAUCUAGAAGAGCGCAGGAGAAGGAGCUCGAGAACAGAGGAUCCACUUCUACCUUCCGCGCGGAGCGCGUCCUCCUUCGCGGCUGAAUAGCACUCCCCGCCGCACGCUUUUCGGGGCCCGCACUACAAGUGGUCUCCAUGGCGACGCCCGCACAGAACCUUAGAAGUACCUGACUUCAUUCAGCACAAGUGCUGAUUCUCGAACUGUUGUUCCAGUGGAUCAAUCCCAAGUCUCACGUGUGAGGCGAGGCCUCUGCCACUGUGCUCUCUCCCCAGCUGCCUGCUAACAUGUUACUGCAGGUCCAUCCCCAACCCUGGAAUGUGGGCUCCUACAAAGGAACAUUGGUCGGACUCCACAGCUGUACCACAGCCCAUUCUAGCCUGGGUGAUGACUCAAAAGAGCCGGAAAUGUAGAGCACACUGCACUACCUGCGGGCAUCUCAGCAUUUUGGAGUACAGCUCUUUCAGGCUGUACUCUUUCCGGGUCUGAACCUCUUUCUGGGCCUUGGUUUCAUUUGAAGAUGUGGCCGUAACCUUCACCGUGGAGGAAUGGGGACAUCUGAACCUGGCUCAGAGAGCACUGUACCAGGAGGUGGUGAUGGGUACCUGGGGGCUUCUGGUCUCCCUGGGGUAUCUGUUCCUAUGCCAGAGAUGAUCUACCUCCAGGAGCAUCGGCAGGGAGUAUGGGCAGCGAAGAGAGGUCUCUUCCAAAGCCCCCGCACAGAUUGCGGCAUUUGCCCUGUUAUAAAUGAGAAGAUUGAUCUUUUCCUUGGCCCGUCUGUGCCUGACUAUGUGGAUUUCGUGAGCAAGUACAAGAAUAAUUCUGCCACAUUGGAAAAUGCUAAAAAUCUGAAGAUAUGUGUUGAUAACAAGUUGACGGAGGAAGACAAGGCGAAUGUACAGAGUUUGGUGGAUAAAAUAAACGCUAAUGCUUUCUGUUGAUGAUUCAGUCUUCGCCAGACGACUCAAGGAAGCCACUUGCCUGCUCACCUGCAUAGAUGCGGCUAUCCCUACCCCUAACCUACAGGUGUCUACAAACAGGGUUCCAACAAUAAAAGCCUUGCAAUUCA